CCCCGGAGCGGUCGUCCAGAACCUGCAGGGGUAGGGGACAGGUGUUUGAGCCCAGACCAAUCAUGGCUGGACGACCGAUCCGCAUAGGAGACCAGCUGGUCCUGGAGGAAAAUUAUGAUGAGACCUACAUUCCCAGUGAGCAAGAAAUUCUUGAGUUUGCCAGAGAGAUUGGUAUUGAUCCCAUCAAGGAACCAGAACUGAUGUGGCUGGCGAGGGAGGGCAUCGUGGCCCCGCUACCUGUGGAGUGGAAACCCUGCCAGGACAUCACAGGUGAUAUUUACUAUUUCAACUUUGCUAACGGGCAGUCCACGUGGGACCAUCCGUGUGAUGAACACUAUCGGAACUUGGUGAUCCAAGAACGGGGCAAGCUGUCAGUUUCUGGGGCCGUUAAGAAGAAAGACAAGAAGAAGAAAAAGGAAAAGAAAGACAAGAAGGACAAAGAGACCACCAAAAGUGCCCUGGGCCUGGGUUCCUCGUUAGCCCCAGUUCACGUUCCUCUCGGGGGUCUGGCUCCUUUACGAGGCCUUGGGGAUGCCCCACCCCCUCCUCUUCGUGGAUCUCAGAAUAUGAGUCUGGGGAGCUCAGUGGAGUCUGGUCAGCUUGGAGAACCCACGUUGGGUCUUAAGACUUCUGCCUUUGGAAAGGGUCUCUUGGGCUCUAUCAAUGAGGACAAGAAUGCUCUCAGCCUCUUUGCUUUAGGAGAGGAGAACAACGAGGAGGAUGAGGAGGAGAGUGAUGACCAGAGUGUCCGCAGCUCAAGUGAGCUUCUUAAGAACCUGCACCUGGACGUUGGGGCACUGGGAGGUGACUUUGACUAUGAGGAGUCUCCUAGAACAAGCCAGCCAGAGGAGAAGAAGGAUGUUUCUCUGGAUUCAGAUGCUGCUGGCCCCCUUACUCCCAGCAAGCAUUCGAGCCAAGGUGCAGACAGCAGUCUGAGCAGCGCUGAUGGCAAAGGGCGACAGAGACGAAGGACGAGUCCUGGGCUCUUAGAAAAAGAAGAGAAUGAGAAGAGUGAGCCUAGGGCUUCCAGGAGUCUGGCGCCCUCCAGGGUGGGCCCCGGAGGCGAUGAGCCUGCCAAAGCCUCUAAAAAGGACAUGGUGGAUGCAGGAGAGAAGGGUUCCAGGAGGGAAGAGGUGAAGGAGCCAAAGAAGGAGCCUUCUGCCCCAAAAGAUAGCAGGUCAGAUGCCAGCCAGGAGUCAGAGAUUAGUGAACAAAUGAAGGAACCACAGCUCUCAGACUCCACUGCUUCUGACCUCAAGUCCUUCCUUGGCCUGGACUUUGGUUUUCGCAGCCGGAUCUCGGAGCACCUGCGGGAUGUUGAUGUGCUUUCCCCGGCCCUGGAUGGAGCCCACUGGGAGGCCCAGGAGGUAGGAAGGAAAGACAAGGAUGAUAGCCAGUCCAGCCAGGAUGAGCUGCAGAGCAAGCAGUCCAAAGGCCUGGAGAGUUCUCUUCCUGCCCUCCAAAUGGAGGGGCUUGACUCUGCGGCUCCGGCUGGCCUGACCAGGUUGUCUCCUCCACUUCUGCACGGGGAGCAGCUCCAAAGUCCGCUUCACAGCCAGUCCUCCGAAGAAGGGCCUCCGCAGUCCCCUGAGGGGCAGCCUGAAUGGAAGGAGGCAGAGGAGCGCGGGGAGCACUCUGUGGCCAGCCCCAGCCCACCAGUUUGCCUCCAGAGGGAGCAGGCCCCAAGCCCACCUGCCACCCAUGAGAGGGGCAAGGAGCAGCGUUCCCAGGCUGAGGAGCUGAGUCCUGGGCAGGAAGAGGCAGAGGAGCUUGAGGAGAAGGUGGCAGUCAGCGCCACCCUGCCAGUCUCUCCAGAGGUGCGAUCCACAGAGCCUGUGGCUCCCCCAAAGCAGCUCUCAGAGGCUGCCCUAAAGGCCAUGAAAGAGGCAGUGGCCCAAGAACUCGAGCAAGAGCAGAGGCGGCUGCUGGAAUCGAAGCGAGAGAAGAUGCAGCAACUGCGAGAGAAGCUGUGGCAAGAGGAGGAAGAGGAGAUCCUCCGGCUUCACCAGCAGAAAGAGAAGUCUCUCAGUUCCCUGAAGGAACAGCUGCAGAAAGCCACUGAAGAGGAGGAGGCCCGCAUGAGAGAGGAGGAAAGCCAGAGGCUAUCCCGGCUUCGAGCUCAGGUCCAGUCCAGCACAGAAACAGAUGAGGACAGAAUCAGGGCCGAGCAAGAGGCUUCCCUGCAGAGGCUGAGAGAAGAGUUAGAGACCCAACAGAAAGCCGAGAGGGCCAGCUUGGAACAGAAAAACAGGCAAAUGCUGGCGCAGCUCAGGGAAGAAAUGGAGGCAUCAGAGAAGAGCGAGGAGGCUGCCCUGAACGCCAUGAAGGAGAAGGCUCUGCAGCAGCUGAGGGAGCAGCUGGAAGGGGAGAGGAAAGAAGCAGUGGCAAGGCUGGAGAAGGAGCACAGUGCUGAGCUGGAGUGGCUCCGCUCCUCAAUGGAGGCGAAGCACCGGGAGGUGGUCUCCAGCCUCCAGAAGAAGAUAGAGGAAGCUCAACAUAAAGACGAAGCUCAGCUGCAGGAGAGCCUUGGGCGGGCAGAGCAGAGAGCUUUCCAGAAGGUUCACCAAGUGAUUGAGUAUGAGCAAGAGCUCAGCAGUCUCCUGCGAGAGAAGCGCCAAGAAAUAGAAAGGGAGCACGAGAGGAAGUUGGAUAAGAUGAAGGAGGAGCACCAGCAAGUGAUGGCUGAGGCCAGAGAGCAGUAUGAAGCUGAGGAGAGGAAGCAGAGGGCUGACCUCCUGGGGCACCUGACCGGGGAGCUAGAGCGCCUCCGGAGGGCCCAUGAGCGAGAGUUGGAGACGGCGAGGCAGGAGCAGGACAAGCAGCUGGAGGACUUGCGGCGCCGACACCGGGAGCAGGAAAGGAAGCUCCAAGAUUUAGAGAUGGAACUGGAAAUCAGAACUAAAGAUAUCAAGGCCAGGUUGGCUCAGCUGGAUGUUCAGGAGGAGACGGCCCGGAAGGAGAAGGAGCAGCUGCUUGAUGUGCAGAGGCAGGUUGCUCUGGAGAGUGAGGAAGCCACAGCCACCCAUCAGCACCUGCAGGAGGCAAAGCAGGAAUACAGCCACCUGUUGGAGUCAAACCGGCAGCUCCGAAGAAUUCUUGACAAACUUCGGUCCCGCAAGUUGGAGUUGGAGUCCCAAGUGGAUCUGCUGCAGACUCAGAGCCAGAGAUUGCAGAAACGCAUCAGCAGCCUGGAGGCAGAAGCACAGAGGAAGCAAGACCUGUUGGAAGAGCUGAGAGUUGAGGAGAGUAAUGCUUCUGCACAUUUUGAGCCGGAACUGCACAUUGAGGACCUCAGGAAAUCCCUUGGGACAAACCAGACCAAAGAGGUGUCCUCUUCUCUCUCCCAGGACAAGGAGGACCUGUCCUUGGACAAUGUCCGGCACUACCUCUCUGCCGAGGGGGUAGCCCUCCGUAAUGCCAAGGAGUUCCUGGUGCAGCAGACACGCUCCAUGCGGAGGCGGCAGACAGCUCUGAAAGCUGCCCAGCAGCACUGGCGCCAUGAGCUGGCCAGCGCUCAGGAGGCAGCCGAAGACCCGACAGGCACCAAGGCCCUGGGAGAUGUGCGCAGGAACCUGGAGGAGGAGACCAGGCACCUGGAUGAGAUGAAGUCAGCUAUGCGGAAAGGCCAUGACCUGCUGAAGAAGAAAGAGGAGAAGCUAAAUCAGCUGGAGUCCUCUCUUCGGGAAGAGGACUUAGGUGAGGACACUCUGAAAGGAAGCCCCGCCAAGAAGGUGACCUUCGACCUCAGCGACUUGGACGACACGAGCAGUGAAAGUUCUGAUUCUUGCUCCUCUCCUCACAUCAACUUCUUCCCAAGUCCCAUCGUCCCUGACAAGAUCCACGACUUGAGCAGCUCCCUGCAGCGGAUCAGCGGCCAGCUGAAUGCUGUCCUGGGUCUCCUGGGCAGCCUCAACGCUCAGCCACCACCGCUAUUCACGUCCACGCCAGCGCAUGGCUCCCUCCGGCCCUCCAAGAGCAUCCCUGCUCCCACCUACUGUCCCUCCCUGGCCAGGGCCUCGGCCUCAUCCCCUGUGGCACCCAUGUCCACCCAGUGGGCCUGGGACCCGGGGCUGGGCCCCAGGCUUUCCUCCUCCAUACCUCAGACAGUGGACGACUUCCUGCUGGAGAAGUGGCGCAAGUAUUUUCCGUCUGGCAUCCCCCUGCUCAGCAGCAGCCCUGCCUCCGCGGAGAACAGGCUGGGUUACGUGUCUGCCAGUGAGCAGCUCCGCCUCUUGCAGCGCCCACAUUCCCAAAUCCCCCAGGCGGGCAGCACCAACUUUCAGGGCAUGAUCGAUGCUAACCGAAAGUGGCUAGAAAAUUUCAAGAAUGACCCCAAGUUACAUCUCUUCUCGGUGCCCAAGCCAGCAGCCACGUCCAGCCUCCUACAGCUGGGCCUGGAUGAGCACAGGAGGCUGAAGGUGUUUCACUACUGAGGGCUGAGCCCGGGCUUUGGGGCAGUCUGGCUCUCCUCCACCCAGACCAAGUGCCUGAGGAGCUGCCUGCACUUUAUUCCAUCUGGUAAAGCGUUCUCCAGUCCCCUUUGCCACUUGCCCCACUGAGGACUUGGAGGAGCCACCAGGAACCCGGGGGGUGGGUGAAACAGUAAGCCUCACACUCUGUGCCCACGUAAUGUAUCUUGGGCUGAAACGUGUGGACUUCUGCGAGCUCCUGCAUCGAUGUGGCAGACUGAUAACGUGCAGCAACUGUGGAGCACUGGGACGUGAGCACCUUUGGGAGGAAGCUGCCUUCAGGACCCAGGGAACGUGUGGAACUGGGUUGGUCCCUUGGCCCUGCAGGGCACCGCGUGGGGCUCCCGUGGAGGUUGUGUAUAUGGUUCUCGAUUCACCAGGACAAAGCCCUCCAGCAUGCUUGUACCCUGGGGCCAGGCUCUGCUGGGCCCACACCUGUCUCUCCUGUACCUCAGCCUCAAAGAUCAGACGCUUUCAUUUUUAUUUUUCUUUUCUUUCUUUCUUUUUUAAUGUCUCUUUUCU